UGUGUGUAUGUAUAUUUAUUUAUAUAUCAGUCUGGAGCGCAUAGUCAACAAACGGUGAAGAAGAUCCACCCCAAAAAACAAAGAAAGAGAAGUUAGUUUAAUGGAGCCUCUUCAAGCCGAAGGUCGUAAUUUGGCGUCUACGGAACAGCGCAUGAAGCGUUUCAAACCCAUUUGGCGUUUUUUAUUGGUUUCCAAUUUCGCUCUCGGAGGUAAAAAUGAUUUACAUGUUGGCAAAGGCAAGGAAGAAACACCAGAUUGGGCAGGAUAGCAAAGAUGUCAGACCAAGUGAGGAGGAGAAAGGUAAAGCAGCAGUUGAAGUUUCUUCUCCCCCAAUAUCUGAUGAGCCGUUGAUCCCACCAACUGCCAUUGAGCCUGUGAAGGUGGGCGAGCCCAUCUCUGAAGGUCAGCAGCGUGAGCUUUUCAAGUGGAUGUUGGAAGAGAAAAGAAAAGCGAAACAGAUGAUCUUGGAAGAGAAAAGAAAAGCGAAACAGAUGAUCUUGGAAGAGAAACAGACGAUCUUGGAAGAGAAACAGACGAUCUUGGAAGAGAAACAGAUGAUCUUGGAUGAGAAAAGAAAAGCAGAACAGAAGAAUUGGGAAGAGGAACAACAAAUUGAUGAAGAAAAGAAGAUUCUUAAGCAGUUUAUCCAUGCAAAAUCAAUUCCCCAACUUUAACUGGAUGACUUUCUUGUCACAAUUCUUAUAACUCACCCAUUUGUUGUAAGACAGACAUUAAACUUUAGUAGUUACCAGAUUGGUGGUGUAUUUUAUGUUUCUUCAAAAGGGUAGGCGGGGACUCUGUAGAGUACAAGGACAAUUUUGGCAUAUGUAAUGAACUACCAAAUCCAAUAUGCGGACGAUUCUCUGGGUACAAACUGGUCUGUGUAUUUAGAAAUAAGGGGUCCUGAGUGGUCGACUUUUCUAUCUCAGUCAUAUCUGUGACUUAUUCAAUCAAAUUAUUUUAUUAACAAGGAAACCUUUUUAGUGACA